GGACUAUGUGGGACCUGUUGUAGUGAGUAUACAGUCAGCGCCGGGAUCCAUCCGCGUCCGGCUCGUGAUCGUGGACGUACACCUUGCGCGCACUGAACCGAACCUGUGGAGCAGCGCGUGGACGUCAGUGAUCUCCUGAUGAAGACAGCUGCUCCUCUUCCUCUCCUCCACACUCCACGUUGAACAGGUGAAGAGGAGCUGCCAUGUUGGCCUCCUCUCUCCCCCCUCUCCUCCUCCUCUUCCUCCUCCUUCCCCCACCCUCUCCCGCCUCUCCUCCCCCCUCCUCUUCUCUUCCUCUCGGUGUGGAUCUGGAAGGCACCCCCCUAUCUCACCUCCUACUGGACCCUCGCACCGGUGCGCUGUACGUGGGGGGAGUUGACCGCCUGUACCAGCUGACCUCCGACCUUCGGGUCACUGCCCACGUAAGCACAGGCCCGCAGCUGGACUCGCCAGACUGCCUGCCCCCCAUCGUGGCCAAAGACUGCCCUUCGGCUACGCGCACGCACAACUAUAACAAGCUGCUACUGCUGGAGGAGGUGGGCCCAGAGGGAAAUGGGGCGGAGUCAGGCAGCCUCAUAGUCUGCGGGACGCUUUUCCAGGGAAUUUGUGAAAAAAGGAGCCUGUCUAACAUCACUAACUUGUUGUACCGCCCCACAAACCCGGUUGACACACAAUACGUUGCCGCUAAUGACCCCCGCAUCUCCACGGUCGCCGUUAUCAUCAGCCCAGAAGGAGCGGGGAUGCGCUUGAUGCUGGUUGGACGAGGCUACACCAAAGGCCCUGGCGACAUCCCACCAAUCACCACGCGCCGCUUGUCUCCUGUAAUCCCACCCAGACGAAUGUUUUCUCAGGAGGAAGAACUGGGAAAACUUGUAGUUGGGAGCUAUUCGGAAUAUAAUAACCAUUUUGUGAAAGCGUUUGUGCACGGGAAGCACGUUUAUUUCUUAUUUUCCAGACGAGACAUGUGGCACAGGAAAGAAUAUCGGACGUACGUUUCCAGACUGUGCAUUUCCGAUCGGAGUUUUUAUUCUUACGUAGAGGUGCCGUUGUUUUGUGAGGGUGGGUACAAUUUGGCUCAGGGGGCGUGGCUCGGGAACCACACAGGAAGACCCGCCCUCUUCGUGGUAAUGUCAGCGGGACAGGCCUCGACACCGGUGGCCACGAGCCGGUCAGCGUUGUGCGUGUACGGCAUGGAGCAGCUGGACGGCAUGUUGAGGAGAGCACAGGAAGUGUGCUACACCGAAGCAGGAAGAGGAAGUAGUGGACAGGAAGAAGCCUACAUCGAGUACCAGGUCUCGUCCAAGUGUUACAAACUACCCAAGGCCUCUCUGGUGGAUUACCCGUGCGGAGGGGAGCACACGCCUAACCCCAUUGCCAGCACAGUCCCUGUCAAAGCCACACCUACUUUCACCUGUACCACACACCUGUCUGCUGUUGCCACGGCAACGGAGGCGGGGCUCACCAUCGCCUUCCUGGGGGAUCGUCAGGGGACACUGCACAAGGUGCUGGUCCAUGAAAACUCCUCUGGUCACCGGUACAGCUCUGUCCCUGUUCACCCAAACAGUCCAGUCAGCGCAGACCUACUGUUGGACCAGACUCAGGAGCAUGUUUAUGUCCUCACACACAACAGGUUGUCUAAGGUGUCAGUGUCGUCCUGUGAGCAGCGGACUGACUGUGGCUCCUGUUUGUCCAUGAGCGACCCCUAUUGUGGCUGGUGUGUACUGCAGGGAAGAUGCACCCGGAAACAUCAGUGUGAGCGCCACCUACAGCCCAACCACUGGCUCUGGAGCUUCGGCGCAGCUGACCACUGUGUGAGAGUGGAGAGACUGCAGCCAGCUAAUCAGAGCAGAGAUACACAGACAAAGGUGACUUUAUCCGUGUUGGAGCUCCCCUCCCUAAUGUCGUCCGAGUCGCUCUCAUGUGAGUUUGGACAGCUGGCUCCAAGCCCUGCCCAUAUCACAGGAAAUACUGUCACUUGUCAAUCACCUGAGCCCCACCUCCUAGAAGCCACACCCCCAGGAACAGAUCACAUGAUCCUUCCGGUGGCUGUGAAGUUUGGGAACGUGACCAUCACCACAGGAAACAUGACCUUUUAUGACUGUGGGGCUGUGAGCCACCUCAAUCGGACCUCACAAUGCCUUUCAUGUGUGUCCAGUGUAUGGGGGUGUAACUGGUGUCCUCUGGACCAGCUCUGCUCUCACAGCUCCAACUGUCCUCACCAUCACACUAUACUCAACCACAGAGACUCAGAAGGCCCAUCCUCCUGCCCCUUGGUGUACGCUCUCCAGAGUCCAGCUCUUGUCCCGAUGGGCCUCUCCACCACAGUCGUUCUACUGGGGAAAAACCUGGACAUUUAUACGGAUAAGGCAGAUUACAUGUGUGUGGUGGAAGUUAAAGGAGUCCAGUUCAACCUGUCAGCUUCAGUGCAGAAAACAGACGACCACACCCACACCUUCACCUGCACCCCCCACCAGUUUCAGUUUGAAGUGUCGGAACUGCAGUAUUCAGCAGCAGUUUAUUUGCGACGAGGACAGCGACGCAUCGAUGCCUCCCCAGGACUCACACUGCAGCUCUAUGACUGCUCGGCUGGUCAAUCAGAUUGCUCCCAGUGCAGAGCCGUGCCCCCAGAGUACGGGUGUGUGUGGUGUCCAGGAAGUCCCACCCCCAGCUGUGUCUUCAACCAAUCAUGUUCAAGCGCUGCAUCUGACACCUGCCCUCCUCCACACAUCACUCAGAUUGUCCCUGUUACCGGGCCACUAGAAGGCGGUGUACUAAUCACUAUAACAGGGUCAAAUCUCGGUAUGAAGUUUGAAGAUGUGGAGGGAGGAGUUUCUGUGGCGGGAGUGGACUGUGUGGCCAAGGCUGAAGGAUAUCACAUCUCUACCAGGGUGGUGUGUGAGCUGCAGCCCAGUGAAAAACCAAAGAGAGGUCCAGUCCUGAUCAGGGUGGGACCAAGUGCAUCUGGGCGCUCUACUCAGGAAUUCACUUACCAGGACCCUCAGUUGUUGGGCCUGGUCCCAGAUAAAGGGCCCAUCUCUGGGGGAACUCGACUCACCAUCAGGGGGCGACAGCUGCUCACGGGGCAAGCAUCUGACCUCCAGGCCUUUGUGGGACAGCAGCCCUGUUUCAUAGUGGAGGAGGUGACGGAUUCGCAGCUGGUGUGUCAGACUGGAACCUCAAACAGAACCGGGGGAGCCUCUGUGUCCGUGUUCUUUGGGAAAGCGGAGAGAAUGGUCCCAAAUGGAGCCUUUAAAUACAUGGACGACCCAGUGGUCACAAGAGUGGAGCCAGGAGAGAGCUACCAGGCUGGAGGCAGAAUGCUGCUGGUAGAGGGCAGUAACCUGGAUGUGGUGCAGCGCCCCCUGGUGGUGGUGUGGGUGGAGCCAGAGACACAAAGAGAAGUGAGGAGGAAGAGGAGGAGACAGGCUUUACUUAAUGCCAAACAGCAGGGCUUCAACAGCUCUGUUACUACGGUGUCAGAAUUGUGCGUCCCGGAAUCCGCCACCCAGAUGUCCUGCCCAACCCCUAAAGUGUCCCCUCAGUUCAAAGUGAAGGGACUGUGGUUCCAGUUGGACAAUGUCAGAGUGCACUACGAAACCAUCAAGGACAAAAAAAGCAAAAGUUUUGUAUACUACCCAAAUCCAGAGCUGUAUCCACUGAACAGGGAUGCUCCGGACACACCGUACAGAUUCAAACCUGGAGGAGUAAUCGCAGUGGAGGGACAGCACUUGACCAGGGCCAUGUCUCGUGAGGAGGUGAGAGCGCGUUUGGGGGAUCAGGAGUGUGAGGUGAAGACUUUGGACGACACCCAUCUGUACUGUGAGCCCCCAGAGGCACAGCCAAACAGCCUGGACCACAAUGACCUGCCCACACUCAAGGUGCUGAUGGGUAAUCUAGAAGUGGACCUUGGUUUGGUCCAGUAUGAUUCAGACUCUCCUCUCCCGCCUGUCCCGCUGGCUGCUCAGAUCGGACUAGGAGCUGGAGCUGCUGUUAUCAUCCUGUCUGUGCUGGUGGUCAUCCUCAUGUACAGGAGGAAGAGUAAGCAGGCUCUGAGGGACUAUAAGAAAGUUCUGCUACAGCUGGAGACUCUGGAGAUCAAUGUGGGAGACCAGUGCCGCAAAGAGUUCACCGACCUGAUGACGGAGAUGAUGGACCUCAGCAGUGACGUGGGAGGACCUGGAGUACCGUUACUGGACUACAAGACAUACGCGGAGAGAGUGUUCUUUCCCGGGCAGCAGGGGGCACCGUUGAGCCGCCAGUUAGACCUGCCAGAGUCUAGGAGGACCACAGUGGAGCAGGGCCUACAGCAACUCAACAACCUGCUCAACAACAGGCUGUUUCUAACCAGGUUCAUCCACACACUGGAGGCUCAGCAGGGCUUUUCUCAGAGGGACAGAGGUUAUGUGGCCAGUCUCCUCACGAUGGCGCUACACGAUAAGCUGGAAUACUUCACAGAGGUGAUGAAGAGUUUACUGCAGGACCUGGUGCAGCAGUACGUGGCCAAGAACCCCAAACUCAUGCUCCGACGGACGGAGACAGUAGUGGAAAAGAUGUUGACGAACUGGAUGUCCAUAUGCUUGUACUCCUUCCUCAAGGAUGUGGCAGGAGAGCCUCUGUACAUGCUCUAUCGGGCCAUAAAGUACCAGGUGGAUAAGGGGCCUGUGGAUUCAGUGACAGGGAAAGCCAAACGCACUCUAAACGACAGUCACCUGCUCAGAGAGGACAUCGAGUACUCUGCUAUGACGUUAACAGUUUUGGUGAAGAACGGUGUGGAGGUGCAGCACUGUCCAGUUAAAGUCUUGGAUUUAGACACCAUCACACAGGUCAAAGACAAGAUCCUGGACCAGGUUUACAAAGGUGCUCCAUUCUCUCAGAGACCUGCAGCCGACAGUCUAGAUCUGGAAUGGCGUUCGGGUCAGGCAGGUCAUCUGACUCUCUCUGACGAUGAUGUCACUGCUGUGGUUCAGGGGCGAUGGAAACGAAUCAACACUCUACAGCACUAUAAAGUUCCAGAUGGUGCCACUGUGGCCCUAAUUCCUCGAUGCAGUGCUGGGAACGGAGUCAACCAAGUCUUCCAGACAGGAGAGAAAACACCGAUGUUGGAGGGCGAGGAGGAAGAGGGGCUGCGUCUGUGGCACCUAGUGAAGAGCAGCGAGGAUCCAGAAAUCCCCAAACACCGAAAGAGCAGCAUGAGAGAGCGAGAGAGAGCUAAAGCGAUCCCAGAGAUCUACCUCACCAGGCUCCUGUCUAUGAAGGGAACUCUGCAGAAGUUUGUGGAUGACGUUUUUGUGGCCAUCUUGAGUACGAAGAGGCCUCCUCCAAUCGCAGUGCGCUUUUUCUUUGACUUUCUCGAUGAUAUGGCGGAGAAACAUGGGAUUGACGACCCAGAGACUGUACACAUCUGGAAAACCAACAGUCUUCCUCUACGUUUCUGGGUGAAUAUUUUGAAAAACCCACAGUUUGUCUUGGACGUCCAGGUGACAGACAGCAUUGACGCAGUUCUAUCGGUCAUCGCCCAAACAUUUAUCGACUCCUGCACCACCUCCGAGCACAAAGUUGGACGGGACUCUCCUGUGAACAAACUGCUGUACGCCAGAGAGAUCCCUCGGUAUAAGCAGCUUGUAGAAAGAUACUACAGUGACAUCCACAGCGCUGCCUCAGGAUGUUACCAGGAGAUGAAUUCCACUCUCACAGAACUCUCGGGGAGUUUUGCAUCAGAAAUGAACACGCUUGUGGCUCUUCAUGAACUAUACAAAUACAUCAACAAGUACUAUGACCAGGUGAUCAUGGCUCUGGAGGAGGACAGCUCUGGUCAGAAGAUGCAGUUGGCCUAUCGUCUGCAGCAGGUGGCCGCUUUGGUGGAGAAUAAAGUUACAGAUCUCUGAAAGAAAAAAAAAAAACUUAACUACUAUCACGGAUUUACUGAGCCAAACACUGAACAACCAACAACUUUACUAAUAAACCAACACGCCAAUCAUCUAGCAACCACCAGCUGACCAAGCAAGAAGCCAAAACAUUCACUAAAUGGCUGUUAAUCCACAAGUUUGUAACCGGAAUCAGGGACAACGAAAGCACAAAGACGUUAUUCCCCAUUGAGUUCUAUGGGACACAAUCACUGAAAAGCCAAGACCUGGGGAAAAAGCUAUUUAUGGAUGGUAUGUGGUCAAAGAGAAGCACAGUGGACAGAGAGACUAACUUCAUGUGUCUUCCUGCUGAUUUUGUGUGAAAAUGGAAAGAUUUAUAGAUUUGUUUUGUUUUUUAUUUAGACUCAGGAUGUUUUCUUCACAAACUGGCAACAAGCAGAAAAGUUGAUCCGUGCCAUUUGCAUUAUUGCAUUUCAAAUUUUGGAGACAAGUAUUUCCAAAAUAAUUUCCUUGGAAUUUAAAGGUCCUAUAUUACACAAAAUGGAUGUGAGCUUUAAGCCAUGUUAGAAUGUUAUUACACUAUCAAAAACAUAACUGGAUAACUGGAUCCUGCAUUAUUAGUCUGUCUACAACUCCAAAGUAUUGUGAUGGCAUGAAGUGGUAGUUUUCAAGUUAACAGCCACCUUUUACCUUUAGUUCAGUCCAGAUUGGCAACUCCAGGGCUAGAAUUAUCCACAUGGUUCUAGUGAAGGUGUAUGGAGUUUAAAAACACAGCGGAGCACUUCCUGUAUUACCACAUGACAUCACAAGGUGGAGAACUCAGGUGGAGAAGUAUGCAUGGUCCAUGUGAAUGAAACAAAACUCCAUGUAUGUAUUUUGAUAAGGAAACAACAUAAUAACGUACAUCAUAAAAUAGUGUAAUAUAGGCCCUUUAAAAACUCUAGGAAAAUGACUGUUGUCUUGUGCUACCAAAUAUAUCAGUACUCAAAUUUUCUCAACAUUUUCUUGUUACAAAAAAAAAUGACAAUCUUCUUUUCAGGGACCACUGAGUGUAUUGCCUUGACUACAUUUCCAAGAGUUCUCUCCUGCCUGCUGUUUGUGUGAAGAACUACAAAAGCACAAUGUCAAGAAACGUUUCCAGAAAAUCUCUAGUUCAUUGCCAGUUCAAAUUAUUUUAAGUCAUGUGUUACUGCUGUAUAAAAUAAUUUGAGAAACAUUUUAAAAUGUCAAUGCAAUAACACAAAUCAGGGAUGUUAGAGAAGCUGGAAGUUCAGUGGGAUUCUAGUUCCUGCUAAGAAUUGUUGUUAAAAUGGACAAAUGAUGUUGUCAAAGUGUUUAAUUUGUUUAAGUUACCAAUAACUUGCAUGCGAUUUAUUCCAAACAAUGGCAAAAGUUACAACUCAACUGUACCUAAUUGUAUUUAUUUGGUUUAACAAGAGAUCAAUGCUCAGUGGUUCCAAAACGUACCAGACAAAAUGUUUGCCUUUCCAGGUGGUCUAAACCAUUUCUGAACAGGCACUUGGGAAGAUUAAGGUUCAACCCAGCUCUUUUUUUUAUCUUUUUUUUAUAGUUAACAUAUUUUUAAGCUACAUAAAUAAGUAGGCCUAAUAAAUGCAGAGGCUUCUACUUAAAGUGAUGUAUACAAAUUCUUAGAUUAAUAUUUACUUUUUAAAUAUGCCUAUUUAUUAUUUAACUAAUUAAACAUGACACAUCUCACUCGUUAGUUUAAAAAUCUCAUACAUUUACUGAUCAAUUCUAUUCUAGCACAAUUUCCUUGCUUUAAACACCUUUUUUUUUUUUAACUAAAUAUAAAUGUAAUCUUAGCCUCAACUAAAAUCCCACUGUAUUUAAAACCUGCCUAAAAGUUGACCAAUCAGAAGUUAUGACAAAAACAAUCUUGAGUCUUUUAAUUUUUUGAAUGUUUAUAGUAACUUAUUGUGUACAUAACGGUUGUAAAAGUCCUAUUUAUUUAAGCCCGGCUGUGCCUUUUCUCUGCAAGCUGGGGGCGAUGUCUUUACUCAUCGGUAUCUUCAUUAAAGGCUGGUUUAUAUUAUGCCCCAAUGACGAAAUGGGAUAGUUUUAUCGAAUUAAUAUAAUAUGAUAGUGAGUUAUUUUUAGCUGUUAGUGCCCAAAUUAAUCUGUAAAUAAUAGAUUUUAGACAACUUUUAAAGCACAAACUGGACAUUUAAGGAGUAUCAAGGAUUUCUAUGCCCUAGAUGGGAAAAUUUGCUUGAAUGCUUCUUAAAUUUCCAAAGUUUAGCCAACUCUAACCAGCACAAAAAGCCAAUCUUCACCAUAAGACAAAUGGCCAUAGAAACUAUGACUUCCGUUCACAAAAAUAUUUCAAAAUAAAUCAGGUAACUUCUCAACAGUGCCAUCCGAUCAGUGUUAAAUCUCUUGUAAAUGCAAUAAUGGAAUGAAUGACAUUGUAACCGAGCUUCCGUUUUAACUUGCUAAUGCUACUACUUCAUAUUCCUCUGUGUUUUUGCCUUGCGUGUUUCUUGAGCCUGUGUUGGACCCGUAGUUGUAGUUUUUGCAUGCGAGUGGACACGAUUACUUUUGGUGCUUCUUUUAAAUCAGUUGUUUUAGAUUCAGGCCUUUGCAUUUUUGGGCCUUUCUGUACAGUUUUAUAACUCUUGACUUUAAAUGGUCAAUGUUUUGUUUUUAUUUCACAAGGGAAUGAACAAAGUGAAUGAAUAAAUGUGUAGAUAAAUAAAUGGGGAUAAGCACAAUCGCUUUUCUACUGAUGUGUACAGUUUGAUAACAGUUUUGUGUAAAAUAAUUGUAAAUAUUUCUCUGAAUGAGUUUGGAAUGAAAUGUGUGAUUAUUGUGAAACGGAAUGAGCCCGACACAAUUUGUACAAAUAAAGUUAUAAUUUUAACUUUUA